GUACGUUUAAUAUUGACUGGCAGUCCAGACCAUACAGGUAAAAACACAACAACACACACAGAGAGACCGAACACCAAAUAGAUUCCGCGUACGAAACCGUCGGAUAAUAUGACCGCCGACUGAAGGUUCAAGAGUUUCUUUUAUCUUGUCCGUCAAUCACACGUUGAGAUUUGUUUCGUGAUCCAUUCAUAAGCAGAUAUAUUCUAACACUAGGCCGGAAACUAGAAGUUGUGAUUUUUUUGUUUCGUUGUUUUUUUUUGUUUUGCUACUUAGCAAAAUGUUUUUAACUUCUAGAUCUGACGAAGUUGGAUAACAACGUGGAUGGCAAUGUGAAUAAGAAUUACACGCAUAUUUAAGCGUAUAUUAUGUUAUUUGUGUUUGGGAUGUUUCUAGAAUACUGCCAUUGAAACUAGUUCCAAAAUGCCGAGACACAAUUCGCAAUUUCCUGCUGCUAGCAAGAUUCUGUCCAAGUAUGAACACGACAGAGCACUGCGACUGCAUAAAGAGAAGAUCAAUAACGUGAAACCUGGACUGGACAACAAACCUCCGAAACAGUAUCCUCACCUGAUGGUUCGAAUGAAAACAAUCAAGAAAGAGGAGGAGCGACUGUCGGAGGUCGACCGUGAGAACAAACUGCUCCUACAGAAGAUGAUCUACAUCAUGAAGACACGAGGUCGCGUCGACAACUGGAACAUGGAAUACGAACCGGGCAGUUUAAAUCGUCCGUACAAGCAAAGAGAGUUAGAGAAAAUAGCGACAGAGAAUUUGGCUAUAGCGAGGAGAUUGGAGAACGCAAAACCAGUGUACAAAUCAACACAGUUUGAGGAAGAGUAUCAGCGGAGUAAACAUUAUCAAAGUCUACACGAAGACACCACUAAAGAGUACGAGGACACGCCAAGAAGAUCCAUAAAAUCGAAAAGCGUCGACUUCGAAGAAGAGAAAAAAUAUGAAGAUGACUUCGAAAGUGAUGAAGACGAAGGCAAAAAGAAAACCGAAGGAGAUGACGACAAAGAAAAAACUGACAAACAUGGCGACAAAGACCAAAGUAAGAAAGAUGGCGACAAAGACAAAAGUAAGAAAGAUGGCGACAAAGACAAGAGUAAGAAAGACAGCGAUAAAGAAAAGAGCAAGAAGGACAGCGAAAAAGAGAAGAGCAAGAAAGACGGCGACAAACAGAAAAGUGACAGAGACCACGACAAAGAUAAAAGAGACGGCGACAAAGAGAAGAGUAACAGAGACGGCAAUAACCUCCCACAGAUUGAGGAAAAGAAGAAAUCUCCCCACAGUAAAAACAAAAGUGAAAGCAGCACCCAGAAACUGCCUCCGAUAGAAGACAAGAAGACGAAGAAGGGACUCAUUUUAAUUGACCACACCUAUGAAAUGUAUGACCCGGACUGGAAAAAUAAGACUGAGACAGAAAGCCCAGCGGAAGGAGACGCCAAGCAGCUAUUCAGAGUAGCGAAACAACUGGCUCUCCCUGAUGAGAUCCUUAUAAAGACCCUUGUGAAGAAAUCCCAGGCACAGAGACUGCAGACGAAAGCAAAGUUUCAUGAGUUGUAUGAUCUGGAUCUUGACACAGAGUUGAAGGACGGACUGGGUAAAGACUGGCAUCCACUCAUAGAUGCUCUGCUGUCAGAACAUGGAACAUCAGAGUGCGAAGAACUCCACAAAGCUAUACAUAGUGGCAACAUUGUGGGUAUUAUGGAAGUUCUUUGUUCAACGACUUCAUCAAGCUUAGCCAAGUUGAAAGAUGCUUACAGGAAAGAAUAUGCCAUCAGCCUGGAGAGUGACAUCGCGGAGAACACGAAGAACCCCGUACAGUGCCUUCUGUUAACACUGCAAAAGGAAGGCCGAGAUGACUCCACUUCAGUGGACAAAAAAGCAGCAGAGAAGAAUGCUAAAGCGUUGUUAGAGUCCGGUGAUGGUCGGUGGGAUGAUCAGAGCGGACAGUUCAUCAUGCUGGUGGCCAAGAAAAGUAUAGCUCAAGUGAAGGCCACUCUGAGAGUGUACAAAACAGUUUCAGGGGGUAUGGACGCCAUACAAGCGGUGCGGGAGGAAUGCGACAGUGACUAUGCUGACGCCAUCAAUGCCUUUAUGCACUGUGCCAAGAAUCCGCAGAAUGUCUACGCAGAAAAACUCUACAAGAAUCUCGAUGCUUCUAAUCCCGCGUUCGUCAAUACACUGGUGGAGCGAUCCGAGAUUGACAUGCCGGCUGUGCGGAAGGCUUACAGAAAGAAGUACGAUGCGGACCUGAUAGAUGACAUCAAGGACCGCUGUGUCCACCCGACCUCCAAGGUCCUCAUAGAACUCGUCCAGAAGACGCCCCCUGCUCCGCAACAGAAGGGGAAGGGAGAAAAUGGAAAAGAAAAGUAUCCUAAAAAACAACCCUUGAAGCGUCCAGAUGCACACCAAUACGACGACAAGAACAAGAACAACCCUCUGGCUCAGUCUCCCCAGAAACGGCUAAACCCGAACAGACAGAGAGACGGGGCCGCGAAAGAGAAGGACAAGAAGAAGGAAGGGGGUGGUACAGGAACAGUUUGUCCUGCUAAAAACUUUGACCCAGACGGAGACGUAGAGAAGCUGCACGCGGCCAUGACAGGACUGGGUACCGACGAGGAGGUCAUCAUGUUGAUCGUGACCAGCAAGAGCAACGAGCAGAGGCAGCAGUUGAGGAGGAAGUACUACGACAAGUACAAGAAGCACCUACUCAGCGAUCUCAAGUCAGAACUGACGGGCGACUACGAGAAGGUCAUUAUGGCGCUGAUGCUGACCCCAGUGGAAUACGACGCACACUGUCUCCAUGUCGCAGUCGAUGGUCUGGGAACCAACGAGACUGCUCUAAUUGAACUACUCACUACCAGAAGUAGCAAGGAAUUAGAAGCAAUAAAAAAGGAAUACAAAAGUACAUACAAGAGUAGCCUCGAUGAUGAUCUCAAGGGUGAUACCAGUGGAGGUUUUAAGGACAUGCUGCUUCAGCUCUCCCAGGGAAAACGAGAUACAGGGUCCAACGUCAAUGCUGAUGAAGCGAACGCAGACGCAAAUAGACUAUGCAAGGAUGGUGGAAAAACUGUGAAGCUCAAUGUUGAGAUCUUCAAAGAAAUUAUACUCAAGAAGAAUCCAGCACAGAUCAAAAGAACAUUUGAAGAAUACAAAAAGAUUUCAAAGCAAGACAUUUAUGCAGCGAUUAAAGAAGCCAUGUCUGGAGAUAGUGAAGAAGGAUAUCUAGGACUUGCUAAAGCCAUGGAAGACCAUAUCCUGUUCUUUGCAGAAGGCUUACACACGGCAUUCGCUGGGAUGGGCACAAAUGAAGAACGACUCAUCCGGAUAGUGGUUUCCCGAUCAGAAGUUGACCUUGGUGACAUCAAGGCCAAGUAUAAGGAACUCUAUGGGAAAUCACUGUCCGACUCGGUGAAGGACGAAUGUUCGGGUGACCUCGGGAAAACGCUGCUGGCGUUGAUUGGUGACAAGUAAGAAGUCACGUGCCUAUGUUGACUCCAGUGUGUGCUAUGCAUCUUCAGACUUUAUUGGUGCACGAAUGUAACUUUAAUAAUGUCCGUUAGGACAAAGUACUUAUCUUCUGCACCCUGAUGCACAAUAAACAUCUCUGUACGUUAUAUCAAGCAUAUGGUAUGUAUUUCUUAAACAUUUUGUAUCUGUUUUACUGUUUUAGUGUGUUAGACUGUCAUCACUCGUGCAUAUAUUGCUUGUUUAUUUUCAUUAAUUAAAGUGUUUAAGUGUUGUUUAAAAAAUACUCUUUAUAUAUUUUAUAGCAUAUGUUGUAAUUCAUUUUAAAUCAGUCAAGAUUCAGAAGUUAUAUAAUCAUUUUUGUAAGCUUUUUAUUCCGUGUGUUUCGUUAUAUUGGUGAAAAACGUUGCAUGUAUUUAUUCUAUAUACAUGUAUGCAGUGACGGAUCCCUAGGGAGUGGGGUGAAGGUUGGGGGAGUGUGUAGCGCCCCUUGAGCGCUACAAAAGAUCUAAUAAAACAAUGUCGAACCAAACAUGUAUAAGCAAUUUAGAGAAAAAUAAGAGUUUUUUAAAAAAGUAUAUAUAUUGGCACUUUGUUGUUGGUAUGGUAUAUUAUAUACCUGUGUACUUUAAAACUGAAAUGGAAAAUAUUCAAAUUAAAAAAUCCCUCAAAUGUCACAAAAGGACCAUGUUAAAACUGAAGCUGAAAAUAUUCAAAUUGAAAAAGGACAAAUUGUACAAAACGGCAAUGUUAAAACUGAAAUGGAAAAAAAGAAGAAAAAAAAAAGAUCAAAUGUUACAAAAGGGCAAUGUUAAACUGAAAUGGAAACUAUUUAAAUUAAAAAAGAAACACAAAUGAUACAUAAGUCAAUGUUAAAUGCCCUACGGCGAAUGUUGAGGUGAAUAACACACUUCUUCACUUUUACCACCAAAUGUCGUUUACAUUGAACACAGAAAUAAACUGACGCCCAAACAAAUACCUCUUUUAUGUUGUACACCUCCCAGAAUGCGAUAUAUGACUUUUAAUUAGAUUUUAAUAAUAAUACUGUAAUAUCGUUGGUCUUUGACUCAAGAUCGUGACACUAGCUCAACCCUGCGUGACUUGAGUCAAAUGUACUGGACUGGAAUCAAACAUAUAAGAUUUGAAAGGAGCUUAUUCGAAAGCAGUCAAACUUAUUAGACUUCUCAGAUUUUUUUAGACUAGAGUCAAACGUAUGAGACUGAGUAAAUGUUAAUAGACCGAGGUAAAAAUUAAGACAUUGGAGUAAAACUUAAAAAAUACAAUUAAAAUUGCAAGACUGGAAUCAGAGUUGUAAAACUGGUGUAAAACCACCUUUGUCAAACUUGUGAAAGCUAACAGAAACAGAAGUAACUAGUUUGUAUUAGAGUUUGGAAAAUAAACCCGAGUUUAGAAUACAAUUAAACAGGCGAAGUUUGGUUGAGGUACAGUGUUUCUGUACUUAUGCACACAUGUCUGUGUCUGUUUGCGCGCGUGAACGUGCAUACAUGCGUGCGAGUAUCUUUAUAUGGCAGUCAGAUACAAAGGAUCAAGUGUGAUAUCAAGUUUUCCAAAUUAUUCCACCAACUUAUAGAAAUGGGGCUUAAUUCACAAAGGUCUCUUAGGCUCUGUUAGACAACAAAGCAUCCUCGUUGCAAGUCUUUUAGCAUUGCACUGCGUGAUCACAAAGUUGCGAGAGUUUAGUGAAUUAGGCCCCUGAACUAAUUGCAACGAAGUAUUACUAUAUUUAUGAAGAACUAUGGCUGUAAUAUCCUCGACAAACACUUUUAAUAAACCAUAAAUAGUCUAGUCUCUUUGAAUUAGUUGGCAUAAAUAAAAAUUGUCAAAACAUUAGCCAAUACAAUUGAUGAAUUAGUAAAAAUCGUUAGCAGGACAUAUCCGUUUGUCAAGUUUGUCAAUUUUAAUGUAGCAGUAAUAUGCCUAAGAUCCAGACACAGUGUGAAGCCCAUGCUUUGUUUCACGAUAUACUUGUAAAAUGGGUUCAGGAAGGCGAUCGCUCGCUGGUGUUCGCUAGAAGUCAGCAUGGUAUAAUACUGAAAUGACGUCGAACGUCUGCGAGUGCUCGCCCAACUGACAACGAUAAUAUUUGUUGCUGAUAUAUGUGUAAUUUAGCCAUUACAGACGUGUUAUAUUAUAUCAUGUUGAUAUGUGUGAAGGUUUGGUAUUUGCAAUUCAUAUUAUAUUUUUAAAUUGAAGGAAUUUUUAUUUAUCGAUACACUGUGAUAAUGAACAUGAUGUCUCAAGCUGUGUUGCACUACAACUAUUGAAAGCCAUCUUUUGACUAUCUGUGAUAUUUAAUAUUCAUUGUCUUUUUGACAGAUUGCUAUUUUUUAUUUUAAGAUCUUAAUAAAUGAUAUUGCAUUGA